CGACCAGCUCCUGCCAGAUCGACUUGGUGUAGAAGUCCACCGUGUGCGCGCUGGAAAUAGCCAGAGCGCCCCUUAGGAAGCUCAGCAAGUCCUGUAACUUGGCGUGCAACGUGGGCAGGUCCAGGGUCCUGGGGAGAGAGCAGGCCGCCGCCAUGACGCUCACCCUCCAGGGCUGCAGGUGGCGCCAACAUGGCCGCGCGACACCUCUCUCCCCAUCCCCGGAAGCAGCACGGGCUGAAGCAGUCGAGCUCCGAGCAUGCGCUAGUUUUGGGGGGAGCGAUUGAUUGCUUUUGCCUGAUGACGUAUUAUGUCGGCGUCCACUGUAGUUCUAGGAACCCCGUGGUGGAAAAUGGCGCCCGGGCGACCGUCUUCGAGGUGGCGGACCGGAGGGUUUGCGGCGCGUGGGGAAGGGACUCCUCAGGUCAGAUUCGGAAACCAGAAUGGGAAACGCAGGACCUGGCGGCCGAGCCACCAGCAAGCCUUCCUGGGGAGCGUGCGCGAGGGACAAGGUUUUGCAUUUCGGAGAAAACUGAAGAUCCAGCAAAAUUACAAGAAAUUACUGUGGAAGGUGAAGAAGGCACCAACCCCACAGGAAUCCCAGUUCACAGAUCAUUACCCAGAGCAUCUGAAACACCUCUAUCUAGCCGAAGAAGAACGACUCAGAAAACAACGAAGAAAGGUUGCCCUGGCUUUGUCAGAAGAACAAGCUGACCAGCCUUUGCCUGAAGAGGAAGGCAACACUGAGCAGACUUUGUCUGAAGAACAGUCGAGUGUUCACCAGCCUCAGCCAGAAGAGCUGAAUACAGUAAAUUCUGUGACUUUUCCAAAGAAAAAGAAAAAGAAAACUUCAAACCAAAAGGCACAGGAAGAGUAUGAACGAAUACAAGCGAAGCGUGCUGCUAAGAAAUUCGAAUUUGAGAUGAGAAAGCAAGAGAGAGAAGAGGCUCAAAGGCUCUACAGAAAGAAAAAAAUGGAAACUUUCAAAAUCCUGAGCAAAAAGACUAAAAAGGGCCAGCCGAACCUGAAUUUACAGAUGGAGUACCUUCUUCAGAAAAUACAAGAGAACAGUUAAAGCGGACACUUUGUUUCUAAGGAUUGAAUUCUGACUGACUGUUGCAUCCUUUUGUAUGUGUAUCGGGAGCCAGCAACAAAUGGAUUGCUGAAUUAGUUUUUAUUUUUGAAAAAGAAAAAUUUGUAUAUAUAUAUAUAUAUUCUCCACACACAAAAAAGACAUUAUCCUGAGAUAUUUAAAAACUUCCAUGGAAUUUGUAUGAAAUAAACUGCAUAAACUGCUUUGAAAUAGGAGGCGUGAGAUAUUUCAGUGACGUGAACAUGUUUCAGUUGGCUACUGGAAGUUAAACUUAGGUCCUUGCACUGGCUUGGCAGCUGUACAAACACUAAAACUACGUUGUAGCUCCCGGGAGUUUGGAGAUAGGGUUUCCGUGCAGUUUAUAUCUGCUCUCAAACUGGUGCUCUUCUUGCCUCGGCCAGGAGGACUGGGAUUUCAGACCUGCACUACCAGCCCUGGGAGAUUAUUGUUUAAGUUCAUUUUAGUUAAGGGAAGGAAUGACUCACCUUUGGAGUUUUUAUUUAUUAAUUUUUAGUACAUGGUACGGGAAAAUGGAUUUUCUAGGCUACCUGAAAGUUUGUAUCUCCACAAUAAGGUAGAUCUAAUAAAUUUGAUUUUUGGAUUGAA